AUGAUUCUCAAGAGUCCCGUGCCAUACGGCAAUCCCAACAAUUCACCUCUCGACGCUUCCGGUUCCGACUUCCCCUGCAAGGCCGUGCCAUAUACGGUGAACACUAUGAACGAAUGGAAAGUCGGUUCAUCCCAGACUCUCGCAUUCACUGGUACGGCCGUCCAUGGUGGAGGCUCAUGCCAGAUAAGCGUCACCACCGACAAGGAGCCUACAAAAGACUCCGUGUGGAAAGUCAUCUACUCCAUCGAGGGUGGCUGCCCUGUCUCUGCAGAAGCCAAUCUCGAUGAAUUUGGUCCCAGCCUCGACAACACCUUCAAGUUCGAUAUCCCCCCAGAGCUUCCUAACGGCGUCAUGACAACAGCUUGGACAUGGUUCAACAAGAUCGGAAACCGCGAGAUGUACAUGAACUGUGCGCCGGUCACGAUCUCUGGAGGUGCCGACGACACAACUGCAUUUGAUGCUCUCCCCGAUAUGGCAGUCGCAAACAUCCCAGUCCCACAGUCUUGCGGUACGACAAAGGAAAGCAGCGAUUUCACAUUUCAGAACCCAGGAAAGUAUGUGAAGUCUGUUGGCAAAGGUCCUUUCGUGGAUCUUUGCACUGGCGCAACUUCGCAACCCAGCACCGGCGGUGAUGCUGGUGGUGGUGGUAGUGGCAACGCCGACCCUGGUGCCGCACCCGCCAAUCCUCCAGUCGCCAGUCCUCCAGCUGCUAGUCCUUCCCCGGACUCAGGAGCCUACCAACCUGCUGCUACGCCUCCAUCUGCGGCGAGCCCAGCUCCAGUAAGCCCCCCUCCUGCUCCACCAGCUGCUCCAUCUGGCACCAAGUCCGCCUGCUCACCCAAACCUAAGCCCGCCGAGUCCACCCUCCGCACGCUCGUGACCGUCACGGCGCCAAUGCCAACAAACACCGACGGCGUCUUUCCACCCAACCCAGCAGCCGGUACAGGCACGGCCCCCGUCGCAGCUCCAGCACCCCAACCAACCGGCCAGUCUCCAGCAGCAUCACCCAUCGCGCCUCUAAGACCAACACCAUCCGGCGCACCCGCCUCACCCGCACCCGCAAACCCAGGCUCAGACAAGGAGCCCUGCUCCCCCGACGGCACAGUCGUCUGUUCGUCCGACGGCACGAAAUUCGGUCUCUGCGACCACGGCAAGGUCAUCAUGAUCCCCGUGGCUGGAGGCACAAAGUGUGAAAACGGAGCCAUCGCCAAGCGCGGUGAUUACUCGCAUCGUAAUCAGCGCACUGCUAUCUAG